AUGACUACGACCGACCGGCCGGAGUCCGGAGGUAGGUUUACUCCCUCGAUCAGAAACCCGACAACCAAGCUCGUCUUUUACACACAAACUCUACGGAACUUGGUCGGUCCCGAGUGCUUCCUCCAGAAGAGGGUUCUUUUCAGAGAAACACCCACGUCCAAGCCUCAAUACGCCCUCCAAGCAGAGGUGGCAAAGAUGGCAUCCCCAAAUUUACCUACGGCUCCUUCAGCCUACCAUACUACCCUUCUUACGGCACAAGACUGUCGGGAACAUGUUCAUCUCAUCAUCGGCUCCAAUCCGCUGGCGGCAUCCCGAGUCUCCCAGUCACUCAGCGUGGGCGCAAAACCCAUUUUGAUCGCUCCGGUAGAGUCGGAUAUGACACCAACAGCAGCGGACUCACAACAGAAUGAAAAGCGGGAGCUACACCACAACCUGGCCAAUUACAUCUCUUCUGGAGCCCUAACACACCUGGAUCGGCCUUUUGCGGACGAGGACCUCACUACGCUCGGUCGGUCUGAGGUGGACAAUGUCGUGGACGCCGUUUUUGUGACACAACACGACCAAUUGCUGGCCGAGCGGAUAUCAGCCCUGUGCAAGCGCAAGCGCAUUCCUGUCAACGUGCUUGACAACCCGGCGCUGUGUUCUUUCAGCCUCCUUAGCGUACACGUCGACGGCCCGCUGCAGAUCGGCGUGACAACCAAUGGCCGUGGCUGCAAGCUGGCCAGUAGGAUCAGGAGGGAGGUGGCUUCUGCGCUACCCAAGGGAUUAGGAGCCGCGUGUGCUCGACUUGGAGACGUGAGGAGGAGGAUCAUCACCGAGGACGCAGAGGCCAGGACUGCUGCAGAGAGCGCCAUCGCUGCCGCGGUAAACGAAGGCGUCGACGACUCCAUCGACCAGUCGGCAACGUUUAACAAACUUGUCACCGAGCUAGACGUGCAGGCCGAGGCGGCGAAGACGCGCCGCAUGCGGUGGUUGGCACAGGUGUGCGAGUAUUGGCCCCUGAAGAAGCUGGUGGAGAUCACCGACGAUGACGUGGAGAGCAUCCUCCAGGCAUAUCCCGGAUUUAGCAGCGACAACUCCUCGGCAUCACCACAACCUGUUCUCCCGGGCGCUGCCAAUGAGGGUGGCAGCAGCAGCAGCACCACCACCACCACCACCACCACCACCAGCAAUGGCCGUUUUGGACGCAUCUUCCUCGCCGGCAGCGGUCCGGGCCACCCGGAUCUUCUCACGCGGGCCACAUACAAGGCCAUCCAAUCAGCCGACCUGAUUCUCGCCGACAAGUUGGUUCCCUCCGGUGUUUUGGAUAUGAUCCCGCGCCGGACGCCCGUUUCAAUCGCCCGUAAAUUCCCCGGUAACGCCGAUCGCGCGCAGGAAGAGCUGCUCGAGCAGGCUUUGGGAGGUGUUCGUGCGGGCAAGACGGUGUUGCGGCUCAAGCAGGGCGAUCCCUUCAUUUACGGGCGCGGCGGCGAGGAGGUGGCCUUUUUCCGGGAGCACGGGCUCGGCGAUCGUGUCGUGGUGUUGCCGGGCAUCACAAGCAGCUUGAGCGCGCCGCUGUUUGCGGGUAUUCCUGCCACCCAGCGUGAUGUGUCAGACCAGGUGCUUAUCUGCACUGGAACGGGAAAGAAGGGCAAGCCGCCGGUGCCGCCCGAGUACGUCGGCAGUCGUACGGUCGUGUUCCUGAUGGCUCUGCAUCGUAUUGGAGGAUUGGUCAAGGAGUUGACAACGCGUCUCGGGGAGGCCGAUGGGGUCGCGGAGGUUCAAGAGGGCGAGAAGCAACGGGCACUGUGGCCGCUUGACACACCGUGUGCGGUGAUCGAAAGAGCCACUUGCCCAGAUCAGCGAGUUAUCCGGACCACGCUCCGCUACGUUGAGCAGGCUAUCGAACAGGAGGGUAGUCGCCCACCGGGGCUUUUGGUUGUCGGCCGCGCCUGCGAGGCUCUGUACACGCCAAAGCAGGAGGGACAACCUUGGGUGGUGGAGGAUGGCCAGUUUAAAGAUCUUGAUUUCGAGGAUUCUCUAGGUCUCUCGCUUGACGCCACUUCGGGUGUUGCGCACACUGGAGCUGCAUGA